AAAGAAAUUGUCAAAAACUUCAUCAAACUUGCUUUGGAUAAAAAAGAAUUUCAGGAAAUUAUUGAUUUACACAAAUUUGUGGUGGAAUUUCAAGACAUGUUGCGACCCUCUACCCCAGCACCACCCAUCCCCAAGAAUUCUCCCUUCCUUUAUCCCGCUACUCCGAAAAUGGAUUUAUAA